AUGCCCGAAUACUUGGAAGGAAUUGUCGAGUCUGGCCAGGAGGCACAGCAGCUUGCCACCGAUUUCGCGUUCACCGAGGGUCCGCUCUGGCAUCCGGACGGCUACUGGCUGUUUGUGGAUCUGAGGCGGGAGCCGCCCGUCAUUCACCGCAUGUCGCCGGCCGGCGGAACGCCCGACGUCAUCCGCGAACCCAGCGGCGGCACCAACGGCAUGACCCUGGACCUCCAGGGUCGCCUGCUCAUGUGCGAGGGCGACAACCGGCGCAUAACUCGCAUGGAGUCCGACGGCACCAUCAACGUGGUGGCGGACCGGUGGGACGGCAAGCGAUUCCAUCGCCCCAAUGACAUCGUCUGUCGCAGCGACGGCAGCAUCUUCAUCACCAAUCCCAGCGGGCGUGUUCCCGAAGAGGAUCAGGAGAUCGAGUUCCCCGGCACCAUUCAUCGGAUUGCGCCCGAUGGCACGGUGGAAAUGUCCGCCCACGACAUCGAUUUUCCCAACGGCAUCGCCUUCUCGCCCGACGAAUCCGUGCUCUACGUGUCCAACACGCGCAAACUCGGCGAGCGCCCCGACCAGUAUUGGGACGGCGAGGUCAAGCAAAACCAGUUCGUGCAGGCUUAUGACGUGGCCGCCGACGGCUCAUUGAGCAACAGCCGCGUCUUCGGCAGCAUGGCCUCGGCCGAGGAUGGCGUCCCCGAUGGCAUGAAAGUCGACGCUGAAGGCCGCGUGUAUUGCACCGGCUCCGGCGGCGUGUGGGUGUUUGCCCCGGACGGCCAGCACCUUGGCAUCAUCCGAGUACCGGAAAUACCCGCCAACUGCGCUUUCGGAGGCCCGGACUUUCGCACGAUGCUGUUCACCGCCCGCACGUCGGUGUACAGCUUGCGCAUGACGACGCCGGGCGCCCCGCUGCCCCGAGCGUAA